UUUAUUUUUUAUUUUAUUUAUUUAUUUUUUACAAUAACAAUAAGAAUUUUAUAUUGGAUGAAAAAAAUGGCCGCGUUUAUCCAAGGUGAUAAUGAAAGGGGUUACAUGACAACUUGCGAUGACUCAGAUCGUGAAAGUCCAAAGUCACCAUGGGAAAUUCGUUGUGGAAAAUUGAUAACAAGUUGUGAAUGCGUGAAACGAAAUGGUUUGCAAAAUGAAUGUAAUAUACCGAAUUGUGUAAAUAAGACUAAAAAACUCUAUGAAAAUGAAAUUUCAAAUAAUCCAAAAUCCGGUCGUAAUGAAAUUCAGUUAAAACCUGUACCGAUACCGUCCCAGAAAGCAUUACCUAGAAUGAGUUAUGGGGAACAAAUUCCUCAACAAAAUAACGUUCCUGUCUAUGAAGAUCAUGUGAAAUGUGAAUUUCCAUCUCAAGUAUAUCAGGAAACUUCUCCGCCUCAUCAGCCUCAGUAUCAGACAUUGCCUCAAAACGUGCAUCCUUCGGAAAAAUUCCGCAGAGAAGAGGUCCAGGAGAGGCAAGAUAGAAUGAUAAGUGCUAUGGUUAAUAGACGAAAUGCACUACAUGAGAAAGAAAUGAUUUGUCCUGAACAAUGUCCAGAAAAACUACUUGAUUGUAAUCCAUUACAAGGGCUAGAUCCUAGCUCUAAACAAUAUACCCAUGUUCAACAAUCUUAUUUUAACUCUCCACAAAAUAAUACUGUUAGCCAAUCAAAUCAACUGAACCAUCAAAACCAUCCUGUUUAUUCUCCAAAUCAACGGAAUCAACAAUACAAUCCUGUAAAUUCUCCGAAUCCACAAUACAAUCCUGUUAAUCCUAAUAAUCCACAACAACAAUAUAUUAUUAAUCAUUAUGAGCCUGGAGGAAAUGCAUAUCCACAUCACUGUAUACCAUCCCCUACACAGGGAAAUGAUCCCAACCAGCCUUUGUCACAGAAUAUUAAUAUUCCACCGAAUGAAAUGAGAUCACCUAGAAUAAAAGUGAAGAAUAGUCCAAGCCAGCAUGGUAUAGGACAACCUGUUCAGUAUCAGUUACAACCUUGUUGUAUGUACGCAUCUCCAAAACCUUGUUGUCAAUAUAAAUAUGAACAAGAUCCAACUUCUCAAGGCCAAGUACAUCGACCUGAUGCAUGUUGUGAGGGCAUCGUAACAGGAAAUGUACCUACCACCCAAUAUUAUUUGCCUCCGUCGAAUGGGGAUAAUUUAACUCCGUCGGAUGGUGGUAAUUUUUAUAAUGGCAAUACACCCCAUCAACAUCAGCAUACAAAUGGCAAUAUACCCCAUCAACAUUACCAUUUGCCUACGAAUAAUGGCAAUAUUCCUCAACAGCCCAAUUAUCACACUCAUAAUCAACAAUUACAAUCGGGAAAAACGACAACUUUACUAAAUCAACCUUAUACCAAUCCACAAUAUCCCAAUAAUGAUCAAAUGUAUCCCUUAGAACAGAUAUGUAAUUGCAAUAAAAAUAGCCCAAUACCUUUAUCACAAAAUAAUCCACGCGAUUAUGAACGGAUAGAUGGGGGAGAAGAUCAAAAUAUACAAGUUGAUUUGGUUGGUAAUCAAUAUGGACAGCCACAAGAGCCUAUACAGCCAAAGACUCGUUCUUAUGUGGAACCUUUAAUACCUGAACCUCAAGAAUUAAGUGAAUAUCCUCCACAAAUACGUAGAUAUCGUCUUGAUGGUAAAGAAUGUAAAUGAACUGAUUUUGGAAGAAAAACCUCACAAAAGUUUAAAAAAAAUUUAAGUACGUUUUUAUUUAUGUAAUAGUUUUUUUAAUUUUAUGUGUGAAUAAUUCCUUACCUUGGCACUGAACUCCGGCCAUCAUGGUUCUAAUAAUCUCGUUGAAUACUCACCAUUUAGAAUAGUAAGGAAAAAAUGGAAAAAGAAAACACAAUAAAAUUUUACAUUUCUGUU